AGGGACUCUCCCAGUCUCAGCCAGCAGCAGUCCAGGCUCUCCAAUCCCCAUCAAGGUGUGAUUGACAGCUGAGGAUAAGGCACCCAUCAGCUGUGCAUGCAGAGGAGGAGGAGGGGGCCCCCAGGAGGGGAGGGUGAGGCAUUGCAUUGGUUGCAUGGAUCCCUGUGAUGACAGCCAGCUCCAUCCUUGUCAUGCACAGCCCCAUCCUCUGACAGCUCUCUGCAUGGCACCAUCAACAAAAAUAUGCAAAUCAGCGGCUGUGUGAGAGGUGAGCCUGGGAGAGCCACAAUGGGCCACUCCCUGACGUGAGAUCGGGGGGCCCCUCCGGGAGGUGCGCUCAUCGCUCCUCGGAUUCGGAUGCUGAUGCUGCAGGGGGAUCAUGUAAUUGUCGGGCGGUCGGGGCGGAUCAUGGCAUUGGGCUUUCUCCGGGCUCCCCCCCAGCGAAGAGGAAGAUGGGGCUGAAGAGCAAGAACUCCGAGGGCCAGCCUAAGGAUGGCGAGGGGAAGGUGGCUCUAGGGGCCCCGGAUCUGGAGCCCAGCUCCCUGGGGGCCGGCCUGGACAAGGAUGGGACUCUGCUGCUGGUGGGAGCCGGCAAGAGGAACACCCAGAGCAUCGGACUGCUGGCCAAAACCCCCCUCAACUACCCGAGACCGGCCAAGAGGAACAACGCCAAGUACCGCAGGGUGCAGACCCUCAUCUAUGAUGCCCUGGAGAGACCCCGGGGGUGGGCACUGCUCUACCAUGCCUUCGUGUUCCUAAUAGUAUUGGGGUGUCUGAUCCUGGCAAUUCUAACAACGUUUAAGGAGUAUGAAGAUAUUUCUGGUGACUGGCUGUUGCUUAUAGAAAGGUUCGCCCUGGUUAUUUUUGGAGCAGAAUUUGCCUUAAGAAUUUGGGCAGCAAGCUGCUGCUGUCGUUAUAAGGGCUGGAGGGGGAGACUGAAGUUUGCCAGAAAGCCAUUAUGCAUGCUGGAUAUUUUUGUCCUGGUGGCCUCCAUUCCUGUGGUGGCCGUGGGGAAAAAUCAGGGAAAUGUCUUGGCCACAUCUCUUCGAAGUUUGCGUUUCCUUCAGAUCCUGCGGAUGCUGCGUAUGGACCGGAGAGGAGGGACCUGGAAGCUCCUGGGCUCAGCCAUCUGUUCACAUAGCAAGGAACUCAUCACAGCCUGGUAUAUCGGAUUCCUGACACUCAUCUUGUCCUCCUUUCUUGUUUACUUGGUGGAGAAAGAUGAUCAUGAACUGAACGAGAAAGGGGAAGCCAAAGAGGAUUUUGAAACGUACGCCGAUGCCCUCUGGUGGGGUUUGAUCACUCUCGCUACAAUUGGCUAUGGGGACAAGACUCCAAAGACUUGGGAAGGACGACUGAUUGCGGCCACCUUUUCUUUGAUUGGUGUUUCAUUUUUUGCACUUCCUGCUGGUAUUUUGGGCUCCGGUUUGGCUCUUAAGGUACAAGAACAACAUCGACAAAAACAUUUUGAAAAGCGAAGGAAACCAGCAGCUGAGCUCAUCCAGUCUGCCUGGAGAUUUUAUGCUACGAAUCUGACUAGGCUCGAUCUCAUAGCCACAUGGAGGCUCUACGAAUCUAUCGUCCAGUUUCCGUAUUUUAGGAAGGAGCCGAUGGAUGGAGCUGCAAGUCAAAGGUGGAGUCUUCUCGAUCGAGUACGCCUGUCCAAUCCUCGUGGAACCAGUCCAAAAGCCAAAACUUUUUCCCCACUGAACACUGAAGGCGUGGAAGAAAGUCCCUCCAAAGAGCCAAAAAACAUUGGAGUGAGCAACAAGGAGCGAUUCCGUACUGCACUGAGGAUGAAAGCCUAUGCCUUCUGGCAAAGUUCAGAAGAUGCCGGGACAACAGGGGACCCUAUGGCAGAUGGCUACAGUAAUGAAUAUCUGUUGGAGGAUUUAAUCCCUACGAUAAAAGUUGUCAUCCAUGCUUCUAGAAUAAUGCAGUUCCUGCUACAUAAGAAGAAAUUUAAGGAGACUUUGCGGCCUUAUGAUGUAAAGGAUGUGAUAGAGCAAUAUUCUGCCGGACAUCUGGAUAUGCUUUCUAGGAUUAAAUACCUCCAGUCAAGAAUAGAUAUGGUUUUUGCUCCAGGUCCUCUUUCCACCCCCAAACAUAAAAAGUCCCAGAAAGGAUUGGGUGGACUUGGUGGAGUAUACGGCUACCCAUCUCAACAGUCUCCAAGACAUGAUCCGUACGGUUCCAAAGCCUCAGAAUAUGAAGACCAAAGUAUGAUGGGAAAAUUUGUGAAAGUGGAAAGACAGAUCCAAGACAUGGAAAGAAAACUGGAUUUUCUGGUUGACAUGCACAUGCAACACAUGGAUCAGCUACAGGUCCAAGUUACAGAAUACUAUCCACUCCCAGAAGCAACAGUUAAAGAAGAAGGAGAGGAAAGCCGAUACUCUGAAGUCGGGAGGGUAAUUUAUAACUACACCGAGUCUUGCGCCCAUGUGGAUCCCUACAACUUGCACCAAGUUUCAUUUAACAAAAUGGACCAGUAUGGGUUCUUUGAGGAUUACCCCGUGGAUUUUACUUCACCUAUGCCUUUUAAUGGUGACAAUUGUUCCAGAAGGUCGAUGUCCUCUUCAGCCAACUACACUGAAAGGCCAACUGUUUUGCCUAUUCAGACUUUAAUAGACACACGGAUGGAUUUUCGUCACGAAGGAGAGGCAUCAAGUCCUUAUAACGAGAGGGGUUCCCCCAUCCAUAGAAGAAGUUUUACAAGGGACAGUGACACCCCUUUAUCUUUUCUAUCAGUGACCCAUGAUGAACUUCAAAGGUCCCUCAGCGGGUUCAGCAUUUCCCAAGAAAAAGAAGACUUUAAUUUUGGUCCUAAUGGCUCAACGUGGAUGAGAGAUAAACGCUUCUUAGCGGAAGGUGAAACGGACACCGAUACAGACCCAUUCACACCGAGCGGCCCCAUGACUUUGUCGUCAACAGGAGAGGGUAUCUCCGAUUCGGCAUGGACACCUUCUAAACCUACUUAAAGAAAAUGAGGGGAGAGGGAGGGGGGGUUUUAUCUUUUCGUAUGAUGUACUAUUUGUACAAGUCACUAUACACUUUCCAAAGUUGAAUAGUUAAUAUCACCGAUGGCUACAUACGAUGCAUGCUUCAAUUUGUAGUCACUGCAUCGCGCCACUUUUUUUUCCCCCCUCACUUUUGGUUGCUUAUCACUAACAGGAACAGCUUUUAGACUCCAGCAUGAGUUGCAUGCAUUUACACGAUAUAAAUGUUAAAAAAAAUUAUAUUUUAUAUUUUGUAACGAAAAAAGGCACAUAACCUUUGGGUGGAACUAUGCAGAGGGUAAUGUGGUUGUGGUAUUUCACAUUUCAUUGUAAACAUGGCAACUUUCAUUUUCAGAGCUGCAUUUUUAUUUUAUUUUUUCGCCACCUUUGGGUAACUUUAUUUGACAUCACUAGAUACAGUUUAAAAAUACAUGUCUUGUUAUGUGUACAUGGGUUUUUCUUCAAGACUGAAAAGACAGAGGGCAGCUAAGUAUGUCUUUAAAAUAUUUGGACUGUAAAGCACCGCCAGCCCAGGCACAGUAGGCAAAAACAAUCGGAGAACCUGAGAGAGCUUUGCAUGCAAAGUGUCAGAGGUCUUUAAAUUGUGCUUAGUGACAGCUGUUGUAUAUGUAGGAAAGACUUGCACUAAAAAGGAAAUUAUAAGGGCAAUCACCUGCUGAGAAGCUACCGAUGUAGGAAAAAAAUAUGAUUUCAAAAAGCUUUAAUACUGGCAGACAUCUGCUAAGAGUAUACCAGUAGUAACAUCCAAAGAACCUGUGAUCUACAUGUGGUUCUCAGACCACUGCUUUAGGAUUCUAUCAGCUUGGCUAGUAUAAAUAAAAUUUGCUGCCAAUGUUGGUAGGAAACUGAGCAUUAUGGUAGUAGUUAGUUACAUUCAAGUGGACCAAUCAUCCAAGUGACUUCUACAGUUCUGUUGAGCGUCAGAAACAUAAUCCAACAUUUAAACUAAAACGGGCAACAAGGUUUUCUGUUAAGGUGCCUACAUUGUCCCUAUGACUUAAAUUCCAUAGUACAGGGUUGUCCAACCUAUGGCCCUAGAUGGCUUUGAAUGCAGCCCAACACAAAGUCGUAAACUUGCUUAAAAAUGAUGAUUUUUUUUUUGUCUUUUUUAUAAAAAUUAACUUACACUUACUGUAGCAGACAGAUGUAGCCCAAGAAAAAUUUGACAGUGUCUCUUUACUGGACUUUUAGUUUUAUCUUCCCAAAGAAAAAUCUCCCACUCUUCACAAUCACACCUUGUUCAUGUCAUCAGUGUUCGGCAGCACCUAUAUUUGUGAGCAACUGUUUUCAAGAAGGAAGCACAUGAA